AUGGUAGUAGAAGAAGAAGUAUCUUUACCGGAAGAUUGUUGGCAACAUGUGUUCAAAUUAUUCUUGAACCAUGAUGGUGACCAUCACUUUUUACAAUCUCUUUCAAUCGUUUCAAAACAGUUUCUCUCCAUGACGAGCUGUUACCGAGUCUCUCUCACAAUCUCUAAUCAAACCUUACCUUUUCUUCCCCGCCUCCUCCGUAGAUUCACCAACCUCACCUCCCUCAAUAUCGCAAAUUUCUCUGGUGAUCGCGAUAGGCUUCUCUACGAAAUCUCUUGUUUCCCUUUACAACUUAAGUCCCUUAACCUUUCUAACCACCCCGCAAUUCCCAUACAUGGACUGCGGGUUUUCUCUCAAAAAAUUACAACUCUGACCUCUCUCGUUUGUUCCAACAUUGUAUACAUUUAUAAAACUGAUUUAUUUUUUAUUGUUGAUUGUUUUCCUUUACUCGAAGAACUUGACCUUAGUUUUCCUCAACUUAUUGAUUUCUAUGAUGAUUUUAAAAUAAGUGACCUUACAUUAGCACUUCCUAAGCUCCGCAAGGUUAAUCUCUCUGGUAUUUACUACCUCAACGACUCAUGGAUUUUUCAUCUUUGCAAGAACGGUAAGAAUCUUGAAGAGGUUGUAAUGAUUAAAUGUGAAGGUUUAACUCAUACAGGGAUUGCCUUUGCUCUCCGCGAGAGACCAACUUUAAAGUCUUUCGCUAUUACUAUUUCCGAGAAAGUGGAAGGAUUUAUUAGUUUGGAGUUGAUUGAUUCUCUAAGGAGUAUGAAGAGUUUGAGUAGUCUUGAUUUGUCGUUUUCCUGUAUCUCAGAUGAAUUGCUCUUAUCUCUUGCGGAUGAACGUCUUCCUCUGAAGAGAGUCGUCCUUAAUCGUUGUAGCAACUAUAGUUAUCCUGGAAUUUUUUACUUGGUAUCCAAGUCUCAGUUUUUGCAACAUUUGGAUCUUCAAAAUGCUAUAUGUUUGGAUGAUUAUCGCGUUGCCGGGUUGUCUUUUUUUCUUAAUAAUUUGAUAUCUAUAAACCUUAGUUAUUGUCGGAAGCUCACGGAGAAGACAUUGUUUGCACUUGUUAAGAGCUGUCCUCUAUUGGAUGAGAUAAGAAUGGAAUACACAUCUAUGGGAAAUUUGGAUGUAAAAAAGUAUAGUUCUCUGACGAAUUUUGCUGUAGAGCCUCCAUUGAAGUCUCUCCAUAUUUCUUCCAAUCCAUCGUUAAAUGAUGAAAGCAUCAAAAAAUUUGCUUCUAUCUUUCCAAAUUUGCAAGUACUUGACAUCAGCUCUUGUCGGGCGAUAUCAGAAGGUAUUGUGGAAGUUUUAAGGAGAUGCAUUAAAAUUAAGCAUUUGAACUUGACAUCUUGUUCAAGAGUGAACCUACGCGAGAUGAACUUCCAAGUUCCUAAACUGGAGGUGUUGAAAUUAUCAAUGACAAACAUUGAUGACGAAACACUCUGUGUGAUCUCAAAGAGUUGUUGUGGACUACUACAAUUGGAUUUGAAACAUUGUUUUAAUAUCACCAAGAAAGGGGUCAAAGAAAUAGUAGAAAAUUGCACGCAGCUAAGAGAGAUAAAAUUGUAG